CGUGUUCUCUUUCCAUCUGUGAAAUAGAGACUAUUGCCAACGUAAUCGAUUAGGGAGAACAAUUAGCUGCGCAGAAUCAAUUUCCCACGGCCGACCCACUCGCUGCCAUGUUUCGUCACAAUCGUGAUUAAGGCGGGUAAACUAGGUAUUUUCAGUUUACCUUCUAAAUCGUUCGCAAUUACAAACGUAAAUUUAAAGCUUGAACCGUACAGAACGACGUUUCUGGAGAAUCCUAAGCAGACGUUAUGAAUUAUUCUAAAAUGACUGGGUGUUGUGUGCCUGAAUGUCAUAAUUCGACUAGAAAAAAUUAUUUCAUGAAAGUUCUACCUCGUGAUCCCAUACGACGAACGAAUUGGGUGAAAAAUAUUGGACUCGUUAAUUUGAUGCGAAAAGAGCGCACGUACUUGUGUGAACCAUCUGAUGAUGUACAAAUCUGCAAACAUGAAAACAAUUCCGAAGGCAACAAGUCAGUGUUAAAUACUGUAAACUGGACUAUGUCACUCAUAAUUGAAGUGCAUAGAAACGAUCUAGUAAAUCGUCAAGAUGAAGUAGAAAUCAUAUCAGAAAGUGAGAAAGAUAUUGAGCAACAAAACUUAAUUGAUAAUGAAGCAUUGAAACUUGAAGAAUAUGAUCCUAAGGAAGAGUUGUCUCGAUCGAAGCAACUGGUAUUUAAAAAAACGCACAUAGUUAAUAUUUACAAGAAAAAACUGAAAAGCACUAGGCGUGAUCUUGGAUAUGUUGAUAAUGCACCAAAUGAUAGGUACAAAGCUGCAGUGCAAAGUAUAUUUAACAGUGAUCAAAUCUAAUAUUUAGUAACAACUCAAACAAAAAACACGCAAAUUAAAUGUUGGUCAAAUGUCACGAUUAAGAAUGCCUUAUAAUUAAAAUUCGCUUGUGGAACGAGCGGAUAUCAAGAACUUUUACGACGAGAGUUUCCACUCCCAUCUUUCUAGAGCCUGAGAGAAAGGAUGGAAGGCUUCAUUCCCUGACGGAAUAUCAGACCAAAUAUUAGAGAUUUUACAAAGCAGGUUCAGAGAAUUCAGAGUUGAGGUGGACAACCAACGCGACCAAUUAGAUGAAUUGAACAAUAAUGAAUAAAGACGAAUGAUUUGAUUUGUCUACACCAAUAUUCUAAACAUCGUUCUUUUACAUUAUAAGAAUAGAAGUCUGAGAAAUUAUUUUUGUUUAUUUCAAUUGCCUUAAAGAAUAAAUAAAAAAGUAUAUAAUCGUGACACGUUUCUUUAGAUUACCGCAACGUACAGUUUCUUAUUGGAAUGAAACAUGCUUAAUUCGGGGACCUAAAGAAACGGGAUCCAUAAUUCUGUUAAUCGUUCCGUUUCCAUUCUUUUUCAGUUGUUGGCUUAUGUACAGUAAUUUAUGCUAGAAUACAACGCUUAUCCUUUGCGACUUUUCUGCUUUCUUUCGUAAGUACCUCUGGAGUACAGGUAUAAAAAAUAGCAUGAGGCCACUAAUCGCAAUCAUCGAC